GGGGUCCAGGGACGGUCCUUAAAAGCGGCUCCCCUGCUAGUUGGCUGGCUGGCGGGGCGACUGGCGCUCUUCUCCCUGUGCACGUCCAGGGAGCCACACCUCCACCCGGCACUAUGGACCCUGCUACGGCCCUGCCGCUGUGGCUUCUGCCUCUGCUUCUGGUGGGCUCCGCUCGCGGUCUUGCUUCAGCAUCCGCCCAAGGGGACAAUUUAGAGAUCUGCCUCUUGCCCUUGGAGAAGGGACCUUGUCGGGCCCUCAUCUCCAGGUUCUACUAUGAUAGGAACCAGCAGAAAUGCCGAAAAUUCAAGUACGGAGGCUGCCUGGGCAACGCAAACAAUUUCCACACUAAGGAGCUCUGUGAACACACGUGCGGGAGUAUCGAGAAAGUUCCUCCAGUUUGUCGGUUAGAACUCCAAACGUAUCCAUGUGACAAACCCAACGUGCAGUAUUUCUUCAAUCUGAGGACCAUGACAUGCGAAGCUCUUCAGCCUGAUCUGUGUAGUACAACUAUGAACACAUUCCCUGAUGAAGAGACUUGUAAGGAUUUCUGCGAACCAAGCAAAAUCCCAUCAUUUUGCUCCAGUCCAAAAGAUGAAGGCCUUUGUGCUGCCAAUGUGACACGCUACUAUUUUAAUUCAAGAAACAAAGCCUGUGAGACCUUCACCUACACCGGCUGCGGUGGAAAUGAAAAUAACUUCUAUUACCUGGAUGAUUGCGACCAUGCUUGCACUAAAGCCUCAAAGAAGUCAAAGAAAAGGAAGACAGGAAGUGGUUUCAUAAUCAGAAGGAAGCCCAGACCCUGGAAGCCACGUUUCUAAGCAUUUCUUAUAAUCGAGGAAACAAAUCAUUAGUCAUUGGCUCAUCUGACUUUACUGAUAUGUUACGUUUUUAACCUGUAUAUUUUUAUUCAUAACAAGGCCCUUUCCAAAUGUGAAAUAUACUUUUAAUGGACUAUUCAAAUGUUUAAGUGACUGAACCCUUUCGGUCAUCAAAUAUAAAUGUGAAUAUGACUCAGCCAAAUUCUUGGGGUGGUUAGCCCCAAUUUCAGAAGACAGUGGCUACUAAAGUUGCAUAAGACAAUAUAAUUGUGCAAUUUUAACAUAUAUGAGAAUCAACAAGAAUGGCAAAACCGUUUCAUUACAAACUGCAAAGUUUGGAUUGUAUUUUAGGCUCCAAGAGACAAGUUAUUGAUUUAUGAACACAUUCAACAAUCAACCUAAUAGUAUUACUUAUACCUUGCCAAGUGGACUUCCAUUCCUAUCUUAUCAGAUUGCAAUAUGAUCAUGAAGGGUAGUUAUUUCAAAGUUACAAUUAUUAUUGGAUGGAUUUAAAAUGUGGGUGAACUUAUGAAGACAUAAACAUUUUCCUAGAAAAAAAUCAUUACAUAUGCAAUUCUGUGUCUCUUUAUUUUCCCAUAACUGACAAGCUAGCUAUCUUUUUGACAAUAUGUGCUGGAUUAUUUCCUUAGACAAAAUGUUUUGGAUAGCAAUGACAUUACUAGAUCUUGUGUGCCUGUUAGAUGUAUCCUGCACCAAAUGCAUGUAUGAUUUGGUAACUUGAAUUUCACAAAUAAAUUAUUUUUAAAGGUGGUUAUUGCAAGAA